UUCCCGGAAAUGAGCCUCAGUCCCUCCAAGGUUGCGCCAGAGGCCGGGCCCCAGUCCGCAGCCCAGAAGCCGGAGCCGGAGCCGGAGCCGCCACGGCGGCCGCAGCCGGAGACUAGGCCGAAAGCCGACGCCCAGCCCGGGCCGGACUCCGGGAGGCCGUCGGAGCGGAGGGCGCGCCCGCUGGCACAGCCGCUCCCCGCCUCCAAGCCCGAGUCAGAGCGGUCCUUGCAGUCAAGUCAUGGACUGGAACCCAAGCUUAACCUGGCUUUGGGGCAGCGCACGCAGUCCCUUGGGGCGUCCCAUUCCCAGUCGAGGUCCGCGAGGGGGCCUUCAGGCCCGCCGGUGUCAUGGUCACGCUCAAGGUCAUGGUUGGAAAAUCAGCCGUCGGAGAGACCCCACUGCCACACCGACUGCCUGGAGGCGCCCCUCUCCCGCGCCUUCGGAAAGCUGGGGUGGGUGGUGGGCUCGCACCCCUGGAUCUUCCUGCUGGCGCCCAUUGCGCUGACGGCCAUUCUGGGCACCGGCUUGAUUUACUUACCCAAGGAUAAAGAGGAAAACCUGGAGGAGCAGUACACCCCCAUCGGGAGCCCGGCCAAGGCUGAGCGGCGCUUUGUGCAGGGACAUUUCACCGCCAACGACUCUUACCACUUCUCCAUCUCCAGGAAGAGCACUGAGGUCAAUUUCGCUUGCAUUCUGGCGGUCUCCAACACCACCUCCGUGCUGGAACAAGAAAUCCUGGAAGAAAUUAGUAAACUGGACGCUGCGAUACAGGAUCUGUAUGUGACCAAGGAAAACGGAACCCAGACUCGCUACGAUCAGGUGUGUGCUAAGAACGAGGAUUUCUGCGUUCCCUCCAACCCGCUCCUGGCUGUCUGGCAGAGGAACAAAAACCUCAACCUGGGAAAUGUCACCUUCCCAAUCUUCAACCCAACAGGCCAGCCCAUCUACCUGGCCGGGACCAUUGGAGGAACGUUUUUAGGCAAGAGGAUGGGAAAGAACCAGUUACUCGUGAGGGCCAAGGCCAUGCGGCUGCUGUACUUCCUGAAGACUGAGGAUGGCGAGGUCAACGAGCAUAGCAAGAUGUGGCUGAUCCAUUUCCUGAACCAAUUUAGCAACAUCGAAAAGAGUCUGGCCUUGAAGAAGAUCCAGGUGGUCUACUUUACAUCACUUUCCAGACAACUGGAAUUUCAAGCCACUUCUAUGACAGUGAUCCCUUUGUUUCACUUGGCAUACCUUCUCAUCAUAUUAUUCGCAAUCAUAUCAUGCUACAGGUGUGACUGCGUACGUAACAAAAUGUGGACCGCAGCCUUUGGGGUGAUUUCCGCUGCCUUGGCAGUGGUGAGCGGCUUUGGCCUGAUGUUGUACAUGGGGGUGCCAUUUGUGAUUAUAGUUGCAAAUUCACCAUUUCUUAUUCUGGGUGUCGGGGUUGAUGAUAUGUUCAUAAUGAUUUCUGCCUGGCAGAAGACCAGCCUCAUGGAUAACAUAAAACAGCGUCUGUCCAGUGUCUAUUCCAAAGUGGCAGUGUCGAUUACAAUUACCACCAUCACCAACGUCCUGGCCUUCUAUACAGGGAUUAUGACCUCUUUCAGGUCCGUACAGUACUUUUGCAUCUAUACAGGAACAACCCUGCUCUUUUGUUAUUUCUAUAACAUCACCUGUUUUGGGGCCUUUCUGGCCCUGGAUGGUAAAAGAGAAGGAGUCUGUCUACGCUGGUUGAAAAAGCCAGAAACUCCUGAUCAAAAAUGUUCCUCAUUAAAAAGAUCCUGCUGUCUUCCAUGUGAUUCUCUCCCAGAAGAAGAAGAAACUGAUGUCCAUCCAAUGAAUGUGUUCUUUCGAGACUAUUUUGGCCCUUUUCUCACAAGAACUGAGUCCAAAUUUUUUGUAGUGCUUUUAUACAUUUUGUACAUCAUAAGUAGCAUUUAUGGGUGUUUCCAAGUGCAGGAAGGUUUAGACCUUCGAAAUUUGGCAAGUGACGAUUCCUACAUCACACCAUAUUUUAAUGUAGAAGAAGAAUAUUUUUCAGAUUAUGGUCCCAGAGUUAUGGUUAUUGUUACAGAAACUCUUAACUACUGGGAUGAAGGUGUUAGGCCCAAACUGGAAAUAUGUCUGUCAGAUUUGGAAAACAGUGACUAUGUAGAUAAAAGUCUUACAGAGUUUUGGUUACGAGAGUAUGUGCAAUAUACGGAAAAGAGCCAGCAAUAUGUAAAUGAUAAGGAUACUUUUAUGAAUAAUUUGCCCAAUUUUUUAACACAUUUUCCACUUUUUAUGUAUGAUAUUAACAUUUCAUCAUCACAUGAAAUCAUUUCUUCCCGGGGCUUCAUUCAGACCGUGGGUGUUUCUUCUUCAAUCAAUAAGAAGACGAUGUUAUCCCAGUUACGAAGCAAAGCUGAAAAGUGCGAAAUUCCCCUAAUGGUGUAUAACCAGGCAUUCAUAUAUUUUGAUCAGUAUACUGCAAUAUUAGAAAAUACUGUUCGAAAUGUCAUUGUUGCAUCAACCGCUAUGUUCAUUGUUUCCUUAUUGUUAAUUCCUCACCCACUGUGUUCCUUGUGGGUAACUUUUGCUAUUGCUUCUGUGAUUGUGGGAGUAACGGGUUUCAUGGCAUUCUGGAAUGUCAAUCUUGAUUCCAUAUCCAUGAUUAAUCUUGUCAUUUGUAUAGGGUUUUCUUUCGAUUUUUCUGCACACAUUUCUUAUGCAUUUGUUUCCAGUUCUAAGCCCUCAGUAAACCAAAAAACAAUUGAGGCGUUGUAUCUGCUAGGCUAUCCAGUGUUACAAAGUGCACUUUCAACAGUAAUAGGGGUGUGUGUUUUAUCUGCAGCUAAAGCAUACAUCUUCAGGACAUUUUUUAAGAUUAUGUUUCUUGUUAUGGUAUUUGGGGCUGCUCACGGCCUAAUUUUUAUUCCAGUAUUCUUAACCUUUUUUUGAAGGUUUGUUUGAAUAUCUGCUAACAAAUCAAAGACCAAUUUUAGAAUUCCUCAUUGCCAGAAUCCAAUCUGAUAAAAACGCACUAUCAGAAAUAGUCAAUAAACUUAAAACAAAGGCAUGUUUCCUUGGCUUGGAAAUCCUGUUUAAAGAUGUUAUUUUAAAUAUCCUGAGAAAAAUUAAUUAGUCUUACAUUAAAAUAUCUUUACUAAAUUAGGAAGUGUUGUCAUCUUUAUUAUAGUCUAUACAAUCAAGCAUAAGGUAUGACUUUCCAAUUAUUUUUUCCUUUUGUUUCACUGAUAGAAGUUUAUGCCUGGAAUUCAAAUAUUUUAUACGUUAUAAUAUAAAUGGAAUAUUAUUUUCAUUGUACCUCCUCUAUCAUUAUUAUGUAAAAGUACAACUUAUUAUUUAUUCUCCCAGUCUGGGGCUUUGUAUGCAUUUUCUUAAUGGUAUAUUUUGAUAAACUGAAAUUUUUAAGUUUUGAAAUCCAAUUUAUCAUUUUUUAAUGACCAAUGUUUUCUGUGUCCUAAGAAGACUUUGUCUAUUCCAAGAUGACA